CUUGCUGCGUGUGCGUGUGCGCCUGCAGGGAAUGAUGGAAGUUAGUGUGUCCGUGUGCGUUGGGAAUCAAGGUCAAUCACUCAGGCAUUGUGCUACUACUAGUCUAGGUUCUACUUGACGAUAUUGUCCUGGACUAGAUUCGACUAGACUCCAGUCUUCUAUGCAGUGCACCCCCACAUAUUUGCGGUUGGCCAUUCGUAAAUUCACAUAUUUGGCAGAUUUCUUUUCUUGAACCUAUCCUCCGUUAUUUGUUCAGUGUUUUUUGCGCACAGGUCAAACCACUAAGUAAUGCUUUGGCGCCAUCUUGUGGCAUCUUGAUACCAAGGAACUAUGUUGAAGCGAGCUGAAGAGCUUCUUUGCCGCCAUCUUGUGGUCUUUAUCGGCAAUUCUAAGCCUUUUUUAGGCCGGUGUCAGUUUUCUCCACUAACGAUGGGCUUCACUGUACUAGAUUCUACUUGGCUACAUUCCACUGUACUACGUUGUACUAGAAUAGAUUCUACAAGACUAUAUUUGACUCAACUACAUGCUACUAGACUACAUUCUAUUGCAACUGUUUCUGGAUUCUACUCGACUAGAUUGCAGUGUAUUGUGUUUGUGUUUGGGCGCGCGCGUCCAUUAGGGAUGAAGGUUAGCCACUCAGACGUCCAUUAAGCAAACCACCUCAGGCUUCAUCAUGUGUGCCCCAAUGCAUCAUGGGUUGUCGCCCAUCACUUCUCACCUGACAGCAGUCUUCUACCUGACUGGUAACUGAUCAUACUGACGAAUGAUAUUAUUGACGAUGUCGAUAUAUGCCGCACGGCCCGACAGCGUCCGUGCGGGGGAGCAGCGGGAUAAGCUGCCGUGUGUGGAGAAUGUGAUUAAACGCACUCUCGCGCGCGCUCAGCCAGGCAGCCAAUGGCAGCAGAGCGCCACAGAGGCCUGCGAGCCACUUGCAAAUGAGCGCUAUGCAAAUGAGGAUGCGUUUGUCAUUUUUAGCAGCUCUCUCUUUCUCGACCAAAUGUCAGUCAGUCCCUCUGAUGUUCAGAAGGUGCAAUUGUCAUCUCUCAUUUGAAGAAAACAUGACAAAUCAUGUUGGCUUCAUCAAGCCGUGAUCGCCAACUCUCACCGGAGCGGUUCGCAGCUGAGUGUGAAGCGGCCGGGGCUGAGAAUCGGCACCUCCAAAUCUGACACCGUGGUCCUCGGUCGGAAAAGGGCGGCGUGCCGGGAUCCUGCCCCGAGUGGAGGGAGUUCAAGUGUCGCGGGGUCUCGUUCACGAGUGAGGGAAGCACGGAACGGGAGAUCGACAGGCGGAUCGGUGCGGCGUCUGCAGUGAUGCGGACUUUGCAUCGGUCCGUCGUGGUGAAGAAGGAGCUAAGCCGAAAGGCGAAGCUCUCGAUUUACCGGUCAGUCUACGUUCCUCCCCUCACCUACGGUCACGAGCUGCGGGCCGUGACCCAAAAAACGAGAUCCCGGAUACGAGCGGCCGUAAUGGGUUUCCUCCGCAGGGUGCCCGGGCUCUCCCUUAGAGAGAGGGCGAGAAGCUCGGUCAUCCGGGAGGAGCUCAGAGGAGAGCCGCCGCUCCUCCGCAUCGAGAGGAGCCAGAUGAGGUGGCCGGGACAUCUGAUUCGGAUGCCUCCCGGACGACUCCCCGGUGAGGUGUUCCGGGUACGACCCGGGACACACCGGAGAGACUACGUCUUUCGGCCGGCCCGGGAACGCCUCGGGAUCACCCCGGAAGAGCUGGAGGACGCGGCUGGGGAGAGGGAAGUCUGGGCGUCCCUGCUAAAGCGACUGCCCCCGCGACCCGACCCGGAUAAGCGGUGGAAAAUGGAUGGAUGGAUGACAAAUUGCAUCAGUCAUUGUUUUGUCGCACUCCUUUUUUCGCUACAAUAUAAUGCAAUGAUUUCACCAGUUGCAAGCAACCACAAGAGGGCGCUAUCAGUUCAGCCCAACUAGUUAGCGCCCCAAAUGGGCUGCAGUACACAUGCAGGGUCAACGCUGAGUCCACUUGACUGCAUUCUAUUCUAUUAUACUUGUACUUGAUUCUAAUCGACUACAUUCGACUACACUAGUUUCAACUCGACAGGUUUGUGGUAGACGAGAUUCUACCCGACUAGAUUCUACUUUUUUGCCAGCUUUUUCUGGAACAUGUUGCAGCCAUAAAAUUCUAAGUUCAUGAUUAUUUGCUAAAAACAAUAAAGUUGAUCAGUUGGAACAUGAAAUAUCUUGUCUUUGUCGUGUAUUCAAUUCAAAAUAGGUUGAACAUGAUUUGCAAAUCAUUGUAUUCGGUUUUUAUUUAUGUUUAACACAACUUCAUUGGAAUUGGGGUUGUACAAUGCAGCCCCACUAUUCGUGGGCGAUCGAGGCGGAGCAAUGCCACGAAUAGCGAAAAGCCUCCAAGAAGUUUGUAACUGUGCAGUAAUGCCACAAAAUGGCUUCAAAACACUAUUUUUGUCACAAUGAAAGGUCUCAACUCAGGCCCGGUGCCCACGAAGACAAUCGGGCUGUUUUUGCCCUCAUUUGCCCCUUUCCGACCAAGAACAUCAAACUACAGACGAUCUUAUGUCCGAGGAGAUUAUCCUGUAAAAUUGUCCUCAGGUCUGAAUGGAUUUGUCCCGAUAAUAAGGUCUAAAAUGGGUCGGGCCCGACAAUUUUAAAUAUUGAACGGGUUCAAUAUUUACAAUCAAAAACCGAUUCUACAUUGUACUAGAACGGAUUCCAGUAGAAUACGUUCUACUUGACUAAGUCUACUCAAUGAUAAUCUAAUAGAAUAGAUUCCACUCGACGAGAUCCUAAAAUUCUCGAUCCUACGAGACUACAUUCGACUGGAGCGGUUUCUGCGUGACUCGCUUUUAGAACAUGAGAUGGGAUUCUUCUGGGCGAGAUUCUACUCGACACGUUUCAACUCAAAUAGCUUCGGAAUACUUUGAUUCAUUGAAUGAAAUGCUGCCCGGUUGCAACAUGGGAAUUGUAGUUCUUAUUCAUCCCUUGGAUGCACUUCCCUUCCUCCCUCUUCUCCUUUGUGGAACUCCCUGACGAAGCCGUCCCCUCCCCUCGCUGGAAUCAAGCGUUCGCGUGGAUGUGUGUGUCAUCACACAAAAAAGAAUGAAUGGUGCAAAGGAUGGAGGGAUAAAAGGAGUGGAGGAUGCAAGAAAGGAAGGCAAGAAGUCACGUCUGCUGACUCUUCAAGUGCACAAUUUACACGCACACAUUGUGAGUGUGAGUGUGUGUGCUGCAAGCGCUGUGAUUGGCUGAAGCAGGACAGGAGGAGGCUGCAGAGGAGGCGAGGCUACAAAGAGUGCGUGUUCCAUCUCGAGGUGUGUGCGUGCGUGCGUGCGUGCGUGAGUGAAUGAGAAGAAACCUGAACCGACUUUCUUUGUGUGGCAUGACGCUUCCCGUUAGCGACGUUCACGCCUAGUCGUGUGUUAGCCGUGUGCGCGAGUGCGUGCGUGAGCCCCCCGGUGAGGAUGGAGCGCUUCCUGGCUCUCCUGCGCCUGCUCCAGAGAAGGCGCAGGAGGAGGUACCGCGCCGACGACGACUACCAGGAAGGUUACGACGACGUCUACUUCUACACCAGCAAGUACCACACGCGCCUGCUACGGUCGCUUGCUCCCUUCAAUUAUUCAUCAGCUUGUUGCCAUGAUGAAGGUCCGUACAGCAAAGACUCGGCGGGCUCGCGACCGUCAGACGGCGCGCUGGCCAUCAGGAGGCAGAGCAUACCAGACGAGUUCCGGGGAUGCACGCUGGUGGAGUUGAUGAAGAAGGAGGGCACCACGCUGGGGCUGACCGUGUCGGGCGGGAUCGACAAGGACGGGAAGCCGCGGGUGUCCAACCUGAGGCAAGGAGGAAUCGCCGCCAGGAGCGACCAGCUGAACGUCGGCGACUACAUCCGCUCGGUGAACGGCAUCAACUUGGCCAAGUUCCGUCACGACGAGAUCAUCAGUCUGCUGAAGAACGUGGGCGAGCGGGUGCUGCUGGAGGUGGAGUACGAGCUGCCGCCCGUCUCCGUGCAGGGUUCGGGCGUCACGUUCAAGACGGUGGAGGUGACGCUCCACAAGGAAGGGAACAGCUUCGGAUUCGUCAUCAGAGGCGGAGCCAGCGAAGACAGGAACAAGUGUCGGCCCGUCGUCAUAGCAACCGUACGCUCAGGAGGGCCAGCUGACAGGGAGGGCAGCAUCAAACCUGGCGACCGUCUGCUGAGCAUCGACGGCAUCCGUCUCCACGGCAACACGCUGGCGGAGGCCAUGAGCGUCCUGAAGCAGAGCGGCCAGGAAGCGACCGUGCUGCUGGAGUACGACGUCUCCGUCAUGGACUCCGUGUCCUCGGCUUCGGGUCCUCUGCUGGUGGAGGUCGCCAAGGCGACGGGCUCCAGCCUGGGCGUGGCUCUGUCUUCGUCCAUGUUCUGCAGCAAGCAGGUCAUCGUCAUUGACAAAGUUAAACCGGCCAGCAUAGCCGACAGGUGCGGCGCUCUCUACGCAGGAGAUCACAUCCUGUCCGUGGACGGCAAAUCUAUGGAGUUCUGCUCUCUGGCCGAAGCCACGCAGCUGCUGUCCGCCUCCUGCCACAACGUCCGCAUGGAGAUCCUGCCCCAGCACCAGGCCCGACCGGCCCUGAACGCACCGCAGCAAGUCAAGGUGCAGCGUUCUGCCCGCCCCCUCCCCUGGGAGACGGGAACCUCCGCCCCCAUCCUCCCCCCUUACCACUACAACACGUACCACCCUGACCAAUCGGGCGCCAGGUCGCACAACCGCCAUACAAACAACCCGUCGUUGGGCCACACGUUCUCUCCGGGCUCCAUGUCGGCGUACAGUCUGUCGUCGCUCAACAUGACCAUCCCGAGGAACGCGUACCCCACGAGUCCGCGGGGCACGCUCAUGAGGAAGAAGCACAAGAAGAAGGACUUCAAGAGCUCCUUGUCCCUGGCGUCCAGCACAGUGGGGCUGGCCGGUCAGGUGGUCCACACGGAGACCACGGAGGUGACGUUGCUAGGCGACGGCGUCGUGGGCUUCGGCCUGCAGCUGCAAGGCGGCGUCUUCGCCACCGAGACGCUCUCGUCGCCGCCGCUCAUCGCUUACAUCGACCCCGACAGUCCUGCCGAAAGAUGUGGCAUCCUGCAGAUCGGCGACAGGAUCUUGUCCAUAAAUGGAGUUCCUACAGAAGACUCCACUUUGGAAGAAACCAAUCAGCUGCUCAGAGACUCCUCCAUUACUGCACAACUCAUCUUGGAGAUGGAGUUUGACGUGGCUGAAUCGGUCAUCCCGUCGUCCGGAACGUUCCAUGUGAAGCUCCCCAAGAAACCGGGAGUGGAGUUGGGAAUCACCAUCAGCUCGCCAUCGAACAGAAAAGCAGGAGACCCUCUCAUCAUUUCGGACAUCAAGAAGGGCAGCGUUGCUCACAGGACGGGGACGCUGGAGCUGGGAGACAAGCUGCUGGCCAUCGACAACAUCCGCGUGGAGACGUGCUCCAUGGAGGAGGCCGCGCAGAUCCUGCAGCAGUGCGAGGAGCUCGUCAAGCUCAAAAUACGCAAAGACGAGGACAACUCCGACGAGCAGGAGGUGUCGGGGAGCAUCAUCUACACGGUGGAGCUGCAACGCUACGGAGGCCCGCUGGGGAUCACCAUCUCGGGCACCGAGGAGCCUUUCGACCCCAUCGUCAUCUCCUCGCUCACCAAGGGAGGCCUGGCAGAGAGGACCGGCGCCAUCCACGUGGGCGACCGCAUCCUGGCCAUCAACAGCAGCAGCCUGAAGGGCAAACCCCUGAGCGAGGCCAUCAGUCUCCUGCAGCAGGCGGGCGAGACGGUCACGCUCAAGAUCAAGAAGCACGGCGAGCUGUCCAGUCCCAAGUCGCGCGCGAUCGGCGAGGGAGGGGAGGAGCCCCUCGUCGUGGCGGCGCCCCCUUCGGGGCAGGGGAUGUUCGGCACGCUGCCGUCCGUCGACAGCGCGGUCGAGUCCUGGGACGGUUCCAACAUGGACGCCAGCUUCACCAGCCCGGUUCCUUCCUUCCAGUCGUCACCGUUCACCUUCCACGAGUGGCGCGACGCCAAGACGAGCAACAACCAAUCGCCCGCCUCCUCUCGCCAGAGAACCGAUCCGCCGUCAGACCUGUCAGGCCUCCACGACGACUGGGAACACGCCGCGCUCGGCGGGUUCACGGUUGGUCAUGACGGGACAGAACCGGACCAGGAGGAGAACUUCUGGUCUCAGGCUCUGGAGGAUCUGGAGACGUGCGGACACAGUGGAAUCCUCAGAGAACUGGAGGUGCGCGCGCACAUGAAUAACAUGCCAGAUGGGGCGGGACUCUGCGAAAUCUGUCGACCCAUGAAAAGCUUUUUAGAGUUCAGUGAAAACAAAGUGGAGAAAAAAAGGACUGGUUGUUUUCCAGGAGCCGGAAAAGGCGAGGCGGCACCUCACUGGGGCAACCAUCAUGUCCGGCUCCACCCUCAGUCUGAACCACGAGCCGGUGCACUCUCGAACCUCGUUGGGCCGCCAGGCCAGCUUCCAGGAACGCAGCAGCACCCGCCCCCAGGCGACCCCGCGCUCCAACACCUUGCCCUCCGACCCCCAGCGCCGAGCCUUCGCCAUGAAGAAGAUGAGACAGGAAGUCAACGACAUCCUCAACCAGACACCGGUCGAACUUCACAAGCUAACUCUGGAAAAGUCUUCCGACUCGGACGACUUCGGCUUCAGCGUGUCGGACGGCGUUGUGGAUCGCGGCGUUUACGUCAACAACAUUCGCGGCGGCGGCCCGGCGGAGCGCGGAGGCCUGCGAGCGUACGACCGCCUCCUGCAGAUCAACCACGUGCGCACUCGGGACUUCGACUGCUGCCUGGUAGUUCCGCUCAUCGCCGAGUCGUCGAACCGCUUGGAUCUGGUCAUCAGCCGAAACCCCGCCUCCUCCGCCAACCCGCUGACCAAUCACACGGAAGGCACCGUCGGCAGCCACGCCCUUCAGCCAAUCGGCAGCCGGAAGGAAGCGUGCGAGGACUCCAGCGAGGACGCCGCGCCAAUCAAGUGGAAGAAACCCGGGGACGGUCUGGGGGCCGGGCGAGUCACCAACACUUCCGUAUAGGGCCCCCUUGGUGCUACACACAACCUCUGAACUUUGACCUGCUAAGGCAGCCUGAAAGCACACCCACACUUCCUGGUCUUCAUCCUGAUCUGGAUUCGGAUCCUACUCGUGUCCCACUGGAACCCCUGAUCUCAUUCCUGAUUUGAUCCCAGUGCUACUCCAGAUUGCACUACGGAUCCUGAUACCACGACGGAUCCCACUUGGAACCUUGCUCACUACAGAUCCUGAUCUCACUUGAAAUCUUGAUCUCACUACUGAUCCUAAUCUCGCUCUUGAGAUCCUGAGCUCACUACUGAUCCUGAUUCCACUCCAAAUCCUGAUCUUACUACUGAUCCCGAUCUCACUCCUGAUCCCAAUCACAUUCCUGAUCGCCAACUCCAGACCCCCGACCCUUUCCGGUCCUCAGGGGGCGUGGUUGGCCAGUGUGGGAGAAAGCAGAAUUCCAACUGAAGCACAGCAGCAGCACAAAGACUGAUGAUGGGUCGCCAACGGAGACGACCAACUCCAGACGGACGGAUUUCUACUGGUCCAAAGUGAUUGGAGCAUCCGUAUCGGAAUUUGACUUGUGUGCCAUGAAAAUGCUCCUGGAGGGAAGUUCAAGAAAAUAUAUAGAAAACUAAUAAUUGUGAUGAUGACACUGACAGACACUGAGCAGUUUAAAUUAUUUGUUUUUGUUGACACACGUUGACUGGCCACACUGUGUGUCUGUGUGUGUGUGUGUGUGUGUGUCUGUGUGCGUGCGUGUGUGUUGUCACGUUUGGCCAGCUCGGCUUCACCCCGUUAACCCCUCCCCUCACUGUCCCUUAGCCAAUAGGCAGGCAGGCAGGAUGACACAUUCAGCAGGAUUGGCUGGAACCAAUCAAUCAAAAACGUCACCUGACUCUGAUUGGUUCCCUUCCCCGACCCCACACACACCAAUGAGCAUGACCCCGCCCCUCCCUCCAGUAACUGUGAUCAAUUAUACUAAUCAAUUGUGUGUUUUGAUUGACUCGUCACUUUUCUCUGUUUGUUCCCCUGACGACUGGACCUCACAAUAUGUCAAAAAACAAAGGUUGAGUCCUCGUCGUCUGUGGUUUCCAUGCAAACAUUUUGACAUUUUAGAAAACGUUGUGACACAUUUGUGACAUCAACAUUUAGCUGCUAGCGCUCGCCUCGUUAGAAAGUCGACAUUUUCAUAAGCGACCGAUCAGAAGCCUCAGAAAAAGAAAAAAAAAAAAAAAUGCUGCUCUGUGCUCGAGAUGGAAGAGUUGUGAUUCGCUGUCGUUUGCGUGGGUGCGAUUGAUCGUUCUACUUGACUUAACUUAGCCGUAUAGCUGUUUGAAGCACAGCGCCCACUAGUGGCUAGCAACAAAGCGCACACAGCUAGCUUGUGGCUAACAAGACACUUAGCACAAGGCUAACACAGGGCUAACAUAAGUUAGAACAUGGCUCAGCUAACAACAUAAGAUUUAGUUACAGGGCUAAUAAUUGGGUAAACAUAGUUGAUUAGCAUCGGGCUAAUGUUUGACUCACCCAACCUCAUGCUCAAGCUACACCUAAUUAGAUGUAAUAAACAUCAGUCAGGUAGGCUACCUCCUGGAAAAACGUGUAAGCACUGAGCUAAUUAGAUUAUUAGCACAAGGCUAACGUCAGCUGUAUUGAGAAUAGAUCAGUUACAACAUACCUCAGCUAACAAAGCUAAUACAAAUAAAAUGCGUGUUCACAUCAGUCACAGGGAUAACAAUCAGGUGAACAAAGCUCAUUAGCAUCUGGCUUAUGUUUGGCUAACCCAACUUCAUGACUAUACAAUGCUAAUAUGGCUCCUAAAAACAACAGCAGGUCUUUAAUGAGAAGUAAUUAGCAGUCAGCUAGGCUAACACCUGAUUUUAUUUUUGUAUUUUUUUUUAAUCACAAGAUCCAAACAGCUGAGCAAUCAGGUUAGCACGGGACUAAUUAGCGUUCGAGCACGACUGAGCUAACUUUAUGACAAAGUGUUAGCACUGACAAUUUCCACCAAUAGAAAGGAGCCGAGGGGCCUUAGGGGUGUGGCUUCAGGAAUGCACGCCAUAAAGCCAUACACACACACACACACACACACACACUGUGUUUGCACGCGUGUAUUGCGUAUGCGCGUGCGUAACGUUGGAAGAAUUUGCCCACGCGCUCGCAUUGCACUGCCAUUGGAAAAGGAGAGUUGACUUCCAUGUAGCUUCACCAACCAAACAACAAACAAAGAAGUGAACCAACGUCUUUUGUUUCAGGAACACGGACGAUGUUGUAAAGUAUUUUUGUACAAAUUUCAUACUUUGGUAGCAUGAUGUUCCUGCUGUCUCCACCUUCUUUGUGUGGACGACGACUGAGCAACAAUAAACACCAACUACUCAUGA